UAUAUACACAGUGCCAUCCUCUCUGUCUUGCCCAAUCAUUGUUCACCUUGUCCGAAAGUAGACAUUCUCCAACCGGGUCGCAUUUUCGGAUCCUACCCAUCCACCAGCUACUGUGCCAUUUUCACACAUUAGAUCUAACCACUCAUAACAUCAAUGCUUUCACAAUAACCCACUGCUUGAAUCACCCAACCCCAUGUCAGCCCCCACCUCCGACGACCGGAAACCACUGCCGGAGAACCCGAAUUCGGUGAAACUGGAGCACGUACUAAUAGCCCUCAGAGAGACAAAAGAGGAGAGAGAGAGUAGAAUCAAGAGCUUGUUCAAUUACUUCGAUGGUGCUAAUAAGGGGUUUUUAGAUUACUCACAAAUUGAGGUGGGUUUAGACGCGCUUCAAAUUCCUGCUGAGUAUAAGUAUGCUAAGGAUUUGUUGAGAGUUUGCGAUGCGAAUAAGGAUGGGAGAGUUGAUUAUGUUGAGUUCAGGAGGUAUAUGGAUGAUAAGGAGCUGGAGUUGUAUCGCAUUUUUCAGGAUAUUGAUGUUGCGCAUAGUGGCUGCAUUUUGCCCGAGGAGCUUUGGGAUGCGCUUGUUAAGGCUGGGAUAGAGAUGGAUGACGAAGAAUUAGCUCGCUUUGUGGAGCAUGUUGACAAGGAUAAUAAUGGAAUUAUCACUUUUGAGGAGUGGAGAGAUUUUCUUCUGCUAUACCCCCAUGAAGCCACUAUUGAGAACAUUUAUCAUUAUUGGGAAAGGGUCUAUCUUGUAGAUAUUGGAGAACAGGCUGUCAUUCCGCAAGGCAUCAGUAAACAUGUCCAUGCUAGUAUGUAUUUCAUUGCUGGUGGGGUUGCUGGAGCUGCUUCUCGUACCGCAACCGCUCCUCUUGAUCGUCUCAAGGUUAUGUUGCAAGUUCAGACAACUCGUGCGUCUGUUCUUCCUGCUGUUAAAGCCAUCUGGAAGCAAGGUGGGGUCUUUUCGUUUUUUCGAGGUAAUGGAUUAAAUGUAGUGAAGGUUUCACCCGAGAGUGCUAUUAAGUUCUACGCCUAUGAAAUGAUUAAGAAAUUCAUUGGAAAUGUUAACGGAGAAAGUAAAGAGGACAUCGGGACUUCUUGUCGGCUUGUUGCUGGUGGUCUGGCAGGGGCAGUGGCACAAACUGCCAUCUAUCCUAUGGACCUGGUGAAGACAAGGUUACAAACUCAUGUUUGUGAAAGUGGUAAGGUUCCAUCAUUAGGAAAACUAUCAAAGGAUAUUUUUGUUCAGGAGGGACCCCGUGCUUUCUACAGAGGGCUUGUACCAUCUCUGCUUGGGAUUAUCCCUUAUGCUGGCAUUGAUUUAGCUAUAUAUGAAACUUUAAAAGAUAUGUCGAAGACAUACAUUGUCACGGAUGGCGAACCUGGAGCAUUUGUUCAACUGGGUUGUGGAACAAUUUCAGGAGCCCUUGGAGCAACAUGUGUUUAUCCGUUGCAGGUUAUCAGGACAAGAAUGCAAGCUCAACAUUCUAAUGCAGAUGCUGCAUAUUCUGGAAUGUCUGAUGUAUUUAAGAGAACUCUUCAGCAUGAGGGUUUAAGAGGUUUCUAUAAAGGACUUUUCCCCAAUCUACUGAAAGUAGUUCCAUCAGCAAGUAUUACAUAUAUGGUAUAUGAAGCAAUGAAAAAAAAUCUAGGCCUUUAAUGACUUUUCUGGAAUGGCUAUGCAAAGGCUGCCACCUAUUAUAAAGCACAUUUACAGUGGUGGAUGAUAGGAAAAGUGGCAAUGAAGAUGUGGACAAAACUAAUGAGCAAGUGAUACAAUUGUUUGAGUUAGAUGUUAGUUUCAUUGAAGAGAUAGCCCAAGGGGUGUUGUAAUAUUUUCUUUUGGUAGAAUUAGGGGUAGACUUAUAUAUUUAGGUCUAUUUCAUUAGCAAAUGUAUGAUACUCUUGUAAAAUUGUUGUUGCAUUACUGCAAAUUGAAUAUAGAGAUCUGAAUUUUGAGAAACUUGCCAUUUUUUCUUGUGGGCCA